AUGCUAUCAUUAUACUCUCGGAAUAUAGUGCGAUUUGCCAACGUUGGCGUACGAUGUUUGGCUACACCACCUAAAAUGGGUGGUCAUGCUCAACUGAAUGAUUCGAAACUUCCAAUGGAUGAACAAAUUAAUCCUUCCUUUUUCAAAAUGGUGGAGUAUUAUUUCGAUAAGGGAUCACAAAUUAUCUUACCGAAACUCGUCGAUGAAAUAAAGUCGCCGCAGAUGACGGGGAAAGAAAAAAAGAAUUUAGUAGAAGGGAUUUUACAUGCCAUCAAACCUGCGAACAAAGUCUUGUACAUAACAUUUCCAAUUCGCCUUAGUAACGGCGAAUACGAAAUGAUAGAAGCUUGGAGGGCACAGCACAGCGAACAUCGUACUCCUACCAAAGGCGGUAUCCGUGGUGUAAAGAUUGACCCGAAAAAAUAUACGGAAUACGAAAUUGAGAAAAUUACGCGUCGCGUAGCGGUCGAGUUCGCAAAAAAAGGAUUUUUGGGACCAGGUGUUGAUGUGCCAGCUCCGGACAUGGGGACUGGUGAACGAGAGAUGGGGUGGAUUGCGGACACAUAUGCUCAAACUGUGGGACAUCUAGAAAAUGACGCAUCGGCUUGUGUUACUGGAAAACCAAUCGUAGCUGGAGGAAUACACGGACGUACAUCAGCUACGGGACGAGGAGUAUGGAAAGGUCUGGAAGUAUUCUUGAAUAACGAGGAAUAUAUGUCACGAAUAGGAAUGACACCUGGAUACGAGGGAAAAACAUUCAUUGUACAGGGAUUCGGAAAUGUUGGUUUGCAUACUACUCGCUACUUUCAUCGAUCUGGAGCAAAAUGUAUUGGUGUACAGGAGUUUAAUUGCUCCAUUUAUAAUCCAGAUGGGAUUCAUCCACGAGAACUGGAAGACUAUCUCAUCGAACAUGGCACUAUCAAGGGUUUUCCAAAGGCGAAAGCCUAUGAGCCAUUCAGGGACCUUAUGUACGAAAAAUGCGAUAUAUUCGUACCAGCAGCAUGCGAGAAAGUUAUCCACAAGGAGAAUGCUGAAAGAAUCCAAGCUAAGAUAAUAGCGGAAGCAGCUAAUGGACCAACAACACCAGCUGGUGACAAGAUAUUGUUGGCCCGUGGUGAUUGUCUAAUCGUACCGGAUUUGUUCGUGAACGCAGGCGGUGUUACAGUUUCUUAUUUUGAAUGGUUGAAGAAUUUGAAUCACGUCAGUUUCGGACGUUUGACAUUCAAACAUGAAAAAGAUUCCAAUUAUCAUUUACUUGACAGUGUACAGGAGUCUCUGAAGCGAUCACUCAACAAGGACAUAAAAAUUGAGCCAACAGCUGAAUUCAGAAAUCGUAUCGCAGGUGCAUCAGAAAAGGAUAUUGUAAAUUCAGGCUUGGAAUAUUCGAUGCAACGUUCAGCAAAAGCUGUGAUUGCUACAGCGCACAAAUACAACUUAGGUCUGGAUAUACGUACAGCAGCAUAUGCAAAUGCAAUCGAGAAAAUUUAUCAAACAUACAGAACAUUAGGAUUUACCUUCACGUGA